UCGCACUAAUCUGGGAUGAAGGACUUGUCGUUCCGUCUGAUAAGGAAAUUUAACUUAGCAACUAUGCUAUGAACUAGGCCUUAAUCGAAAUCGGUGACAAUUUGUCACUCACUCGUCAUAAUAUUCAUUGCUUGUGCGGCAGCUGCUCCUUUUAUUGACGACUACGCUCAAACUGGGACAAGGUGGUUCUUUCGACGCUUAUUUAGUUUUUGUUAUCACCAUUUGGUGAAAGGCAGAAUUUCACGGUGUUUUAAUCAAAGGAUAUUAUCAAAGUGACGAAGAAAAAGAGGAUUCAGUUUUGCUACUUAUCCUCAAUCAGCGCAUAUCAGCCAUACAAUGUUUGGUUAAAAGGAUUGUUUUGGGCUGAGAGGCGACAACAUCGAAUUACAAGGUAGCACGCGUUUCUAAGUCGGGAUGCACAAUACAGCGUUUAAUAUCUUUGUUAUUAUUUUUCACGUAGUUUUAACCUUGGCAACUUUGUUUGGAAACUGUUCAGUCUGUGCAGUGAUAUGGAGGACUAGGGCUCUGAGAACAGUUCCAAAUAUGAUAAUUUUCAGUUUGGCCCUCGCCGACUUGCUCAUGACAAGUGCUUUCGUGUACCGAGUUGUUAAUCGCAUGAGUGGUGAGGAGUCUCACUCAACGUGCCAUGCCAUUUCAGAAAUUGCUUUCUGUACAAUCUGUGUGAUAAUUCUACAUUUGACAGCCAUCAGUAUCGACAGAUUUAUCGCGAUAAGGUUUCCACUCCGCUACAAAACUAUUGUGACGGGGAAACGAACGAAAACUGCACUUAUUGCCAUAUGGCUACUCCCUGUGAUAGGAACUGUUGUGUCUCCUCAUUCGCUUCCCGACGCAGAGUACGAAGACUUCGUCGAUUACUAUGAUUCAUUUCAUUUGUGCUUGUCAUAUCAUGAACACAAAUUCAAAAACACAUCGAAAAUCUUUGCUGCAAUUAUAAUCUCAAUAUACAUCGUUUUGCCUUGCGCUUUGACUGUUGGUAGUUACAUGUAUAUCCUGAAAGUGUCACGUCAUCAACAAUUAAAACUUAAACAUGAUGCUCACUUGGAGGGCGAAAGGAUGAGAAAGCUCGAGAUUAAAGUAGCAAUAACGUAUGGUAUUAUCAUCGGCGCGUUCAUGGCUUGUUUUUUACCCCUCUUAAUAGGAACUCUGCACCAACAGUUUAUUGGCAAUGAUGAGCGAGAGGAAAUGACUCGUGUCAUGACGAUUUUAUCAUUAAUUGCAUCCAUCAGCGCCUGCGUCAAUCCAGUGGUUUAUACUUGUAGGAAUCAAGAAUUCAGAAAGGCCUUCAAGAAAAUUUUUAAAAGAGGAAAUCAAGAGAUUGGCAACGAACUGACAACCUUUUCAAGAUAUUGA